UCUGUGUCUCUCUGCCAGAUUCAAUGAGAGCCGCGGAUUCCAGAGGAGGCCAGGGGCCGCUGAGCUCCGGCCGUGGGCACCGGAGGGCGGCGCCAGGGGGCAAGAACUGGACCCUAGGGAGCGGCCCCGCCGGGACUAACGUUGCUCCUGCCCCUUCCCGGGCCGCACGGCUCUGGGAACUGCGGGGAGAGGAGCCUGUGCUGGGGUUGGGGGUUCAGGGACAGCGAAACUGAGCCCUGAGAGGAGACGAAAGGGAUAGGUGUCUAGGGAUAGGAGGGGAGGGAAGGGACACUCCUGGUUGCAGCCCUGCCCUUAGCGGAUUGGGAUAGGGGAAUCCUGCCCUGCUCUGCCAGGCCGGACCAUGGUGCUGUCGGUGCCCAUCAUCGCGCUGGGUGCCACGCUAGGCACAGCAACCAGUAUCCUCGCCCUGUGCGGCUUCACCUGCCUGUGCCGUCGCCUGAACCCCAAGAACGGGCUCCGGGACCAGGACCAAUGCCAGGAUGCUGAGAAAGCGACUUCCAGCGUGCUUCGGCCUGCCCAGCAGCAGCAGUUCAAUAUUAAAAAAUCCACGGAGCCUGUCCAGCCCAGAGCCCUCCUGAAGUUCCCAGACAUCUAUGGACCUAAGCCAGCAGUGACUGCCCCAGAGGUCAUCAACUACGCCGAUUACACCUUGAGGACCACGGAGGAGGAGCCAGUCCCUGCCAGCACACAGGCCCUGAAUGACAGUCGCCUCAAAAGACAGGUUACCGAGGAGCUCUUCAUCCUCCCUCAGAAUGGUGUGGUGGAAGAUGUCUGUGUGAUUGAGACGUGGAAUCCAGAGAAGGCUGCCAGCUGGAACCAGGCCCCAAAACUCCACUACUCCCUGGGCUAUGACCACCAGAAGGCCCAGCUGUCUGUGACGCUCCUGGAAGCUGUGACGGGGGACCAUGAUGCUGGCUGUGAUUGCUACAUCCAAGGAAGUGUGGCAAGUGUGUCAGGCACCGUGGAGGCACAGACAGCCCUGAAGAAGAGGUUGCCCAACACCACCUGGGAGGAGGCCCUGGUUUUUCCCCUGCCUGAGGAAGAGUGGCCAGCAGCCACCUUGACCUUGACUUUGAGAACCUGUGACAGGUUCUCCCGGCACAGUGUGGUGGGGGAGCUCCAGCUGCGCCUGGAUGGGAUACCCCUGGGGACAGCCCAGUGGGGGGAGCUGAAGACCUCAGCCAAGGCCCUGGCCACUGGCUCUGGCGAAGUCCUCCUCUCUAUCAGCUACCUCCCCGCGGCCAACCGACUCCUUGUGGUUCUGAUCAAGGCGAAGAAUCUGCAUUCCAACCAAUCCAAAGACGUCCUAGGGAAGGAUGUCUCUGUCAAGGUGACCUUGAAGCAUCAGGCCCUGAAACUCAAGAGGAAGCAGACAAAGCGGGCCAAGCACAAGCUGAACCCAGUGUGGAAUGAGAUGAUCAUGUUCGAGGUGCCCGAUGACCUCCUGCGGGCCUCCAGCGUGGAGCUAGAGAUGCUGGGCCAGGACGAGGCCGGCCAAAGCCACAUGCUUGGCCGCUGUAGCCUGGGCCUGCACUCUUCAGGCACCCAGCGCAGCCACUGGGAAGAGAUGCUUAAAAAUCCCCGCCGGCAGAUCGCCAUGUGGCACCAGCUCCAGAUGUAGCCCCAUGAGGCCUCCACCAUGAUGCCAAGGCCCCUCCUCCUUGUCUCGCCCACCUUCAUCCAGCCAUGUCCCUGCCUUCUCCCCAUUCCACUCUCAGUAGACUGAGGGCUCAGGAGACCAUGGAAGAUGCUUGGGAAGGCUGAGGCCCCCAAGGAUCCCUGUCUCCAUCAGUCAGGACAUCCCUCAAUGAGCAUUUAUUAAGCACUCACUGGGUGCUAAGGAAAAGGCCUUUGAUCUCUGAUCACAGAGCAGAUAUAAGACCUCGGUGGUCAUGCUACUGAGUGCAUACAGUGAUUCUCUUCCUACUUGCCAAAAAGAAGGGUGAGUUAUAGCCCAUGUACAUGAGACAGCCCACACACAGAUGGGCAGACAAGCCCUGGAAAAAGGCAAAGGAAAGCUUGAUCUGACAAACAUUUCAUUAUGUUUGAAAUGCCUGCUCUGGAACACCAUGUUCCCUUUUAUUGGGUAAAUAAAAGUUUCCCUAUUUUUUAAUACUUAAAAGAACCCCAGAAUGUCAAUGGGGAAGGACUUUCAAGGUCCAAUCUCCCAUCCAGAAUAGGCCAAAAUGGCCCAGGAAUAAAUUCUACAGCAUA